AUGGCUUCCAAAGAUGGCAACCGAGUAGACACUGGGGAGGGGAACACUGAUGCGACGAACACCGACAAAGCCAGUUCCAACAAGUUGAAAGUCCCUCCGAUAUUUAGAGAGGCUGCUGAAUAUAAAGUCGCCCUCGAAAUUCAUGGAGAGCACCUUGAAGCCCAUCGCAAUCAGCUGAAUGAAAUCCAAAAGAGGCACAACUUGGCAAUAGAUGAGAUGAUGCCUAAGUUGAGCCUUAUGGGAGGGUCUCUACAAUCCAUGAUGGAAUCCAUGCAGCUAAAGGUUGAUCGUCUUCGUGAUAUUCGUUUGGAAAUCGAACGUAACCAGGCUGCAGAGGAGGUUAACACGAAGCCAGUCACGGAGGAGACUAUGGCAAUGACCCUAAAUCCACAAGUACUCAAUGCUAUGGGGCUUCGUGAUCUAUCGAACCUGGUCAGUCGCGAAGUAAUCAAGCUGGUUUGCGAAUUGGCUAUUCGAGGCGCUCCUAUCACAACCCCUUCUACACCUCUACCUCCCGUGACACCCGUUCCAGCCACGCCUUUUAUAACGAUGCCUCCUAUAACGGUACCUCCUACUGCAUCUCCCCCUACGCCGUCUACUAUUAUACAGCCUUCUCCCGAAUUACGCCCUGCCUUUUCAUCGCCGCAGAAGACCUACAAAGAGCGACAGAAGGAGAGGCGCAAGCAGAAGAAGGCAGAGAAGGCGAAACUUCAAAAGAAACAAGCUCUCAAAUCGGUAAACGCCAAAGUACAGACGAUUCGUAAGGUCAUGAAGGAGAAGAAGCUAGUCAUGAAGAGGGCCAUUAAGAGACGUCGUUCGCGACAAAUGAAAGAAGAGGUGAUGGGAUCGCGUACGGUUAAGACUAUAAGACUUAGGCUACGGAGGACAGAAUAUGCGAUCCGUUCGGUCCGUACUCUUCUCGAAUGGAUGCGCGCGGUUAGGACGUUUGACAUGGAAAUUCGUCGGAGACUACGAAUAAGACGCGUACGCAUUUAG